AUGAAGUGUGGAUGUAAAUAUCCAGAAGCUAUAAAAAAUUCAACGAAAGCAGCCGUUAGUUUAAUGAUAUGUGGCAAUGCUGCUGGAGAAAUUUUACCACCUAACGUAAACUACAAGUCAGAUAAUAUGUGGAGCACGUGGACACCUGGCACUCGUUACAAUCGGUCAAAGUCCGGUUGGUUUGACAUUAGGACAUUCGAGGAUUGGUUCUUUUCAUUGGUUCUGCCCACUUUACGUAGGCAAGAAGGGAAAAAGCAUCUCAUUGGGGACAACUUAAGUUGUCAUAUAAAUAUGGAAGUUUUAAAGGCAUGCAAGUCUCAUAAUAUCGCAUUUAUGGCUUUACCACCAAAUAGCACCCACCUUAUACAGCUUUUGGACGUGGCCUAUUUUAGGCAUCUUAAACUGCGCUGGCGUCAAAUCUUAGACCAACGGAAGGAAGCACCUGAAGGGCAAAGAUUACCCACUAUUCCUAAAAACACGUUUCCUACGUUGCUAAAUAAGCUGUGGGAAAAUAUCAUGGACAACUCUGCAAAUAAUCUCAAAGCUGGCUUAAAGAAAACCGGUAUUUUUCCGACUGAUGAAGCUCCAGUAUUACAACGCUUACCUACGUUUAGACAUCCAGACGCUCCACUUCAAGACCCGGUACUGGUUUCAGAAUCAUUCAUACAAUUUUUAGAAAAUAAAAGAAUAGGAGUGGUGGAAUCAGGCGGUAAAGGACGAAAGAAGAAGCUCAAUGUACACGCGGGUAAAAGCAUAUCUGCAGAAGAUAUACAAAUACAGGCUAGCACAUCAAGGGAACCUGAUCAUUCUAUUAAAAAUAAGACAGAAAAAACACCUAAACGAAAACCUAAAAAAAAAUAUCAAAGAUUCUUCGAGUGA